AUGGACGCCGGAUUAUGGAGCAAGCAACUACAGGAACUCCUCGAGCGUAUUCUCUCUUUUCUACCUCUCAAAAACUUCAUGAAUCUGAGAUUGACUUGUAAGCACUUCAAGUCUCUGUUAUUCUCUCCCUCAUUGAUCUCCAAGCACUCCUCUUCUUCACCCUUCUCUUCUUUCCUCUUGCUUUCUCACCCUCAGUGUUACAACCACUUCGCUCUCUAUGACUCUACUCUGAUUCUCUCUCUCCAAUUCCUUUCUUGUCUUCAAUCUUUUGACCAAGUCCUCAAGAAUCUCUCUGCUUCGUCAUGGUUCGUGCCCCCGCUGCCUGCCGAAGUCGACGAUGGCAUAGGCCCUUGGCGUUCCCUGGCCGUUGAUGAAAUUGACAACAAAAUGGGUGGCUCAACCAUAAAAGCUAAAGCAUAUUCUUCAGCUUCUCUGGCUCCAAGUCUUGGUCAAAGGUGUCCAUGGGAGAUUGACUUGAAUUUGCCCGAAGAAGAUGUUGAUGGUCUGAGUCAAGAUAACACUAAUAUAUUUAAGAGUGCAAGCUUUAUUAAUGAAGACAUAGACUUUAGUGAAAUGAAAUUCCAUUCAGAUGACAAGGCGUAUGAAUUUUAUUAA